AUGUUGUUAGGUUAAGGUUAUGUUUUAUGUUUUAUUACAAUUUCACGUGUACUUUUGUAUAGAUUUAUACUACCGAGUUACUAAUAAAAAUGCCUAAAAUAAAACCAGAAAAAAAAUCUAGAAUACAUCAGGAUGUCGCUAAACAAGGUAUUCUGUUUAACAAAGACUUUGGACAGCACAUCCUUAAGAAUCCCAUGGUAAUAACUUCAAUGCUGGACAAAUCCGGACUUCGUCCAACAGACGUAGCUUUGGAAAUAGGUCCCGGUACGGGUAACAUGACUGUAAAACUGCUCGAACAAGUGAAGAAAGUAAUUGCAUGUGAAAUUGACACCAGAUUGGUAGCUGAGCUACAAAAAAGGGUACAAGGGACUCAUUUCCAACCCAAACUGCAAAUUAUGGUCGGGGACGUGUUAAAGACUGAAUUGCCUUUCUUUGACAUUUGUGUGGCAAAUAUCCCGUACCAGAUAUCCUCACCUUUAGUUUUUAAGUUACUGUUGCAUAGACCAUUCUUCCGAUGUGCUGUGUUAAUGUUUCAACUAGAGUUUGCACAGAGACUGGUUGCAAAAGCUGGUGACAAAUUGUACUGUAGGUUGUCGGUGAACACUCAACUCUUGGCUCGAGUGGAUAUGUUAAUGAAGGUUGGCAGAAAUAACUUCAGGCCUCCACCGAAAGUAGAAUCUGCGGUGGUGAGAAUUGAACCAAGGAAUCCUCCACCUCCAAUACCAUAUACUGAAUGGGACGGUAUGACUAGAAUUACAUUUACACGUAAAAAUAAGACUUUAGGUAGUGCAUUCCGACAGACUGCUGUCUUAGCUGCUUUGGAAAAGAACUACAAACUGCACUGCAGUGUGCAUAAUAAGGAAAUUCCAGCAGAUUUCAACAUAAAAAGCAAGAUAGAGGAGAUAUUAACGAAAAUCGAGGCAGAUCAAAAACGAGCGAGGACUAUGGACGUAGACGAUUUCAUGACAUUAUUAUUUGCAUUCAACAGCGAAGGGAUACACUUCUCGUAGACAUCUAAAGGUAACUUUAAGUAUAUAAUAACAAUAUUUGUAUAUAAAAAUGGG